AUGCCUGAAAUUAAGAUUGAGGUUGAGGUUGAGGGAAAAUCCUUCCCUUUUCCCCAACGAGCUCCCGAGCUCUUCACCGAGGAUAACCUUAAAUCUUUUUUUUUCCUUUCCCGAGGAUAUCCUUACCUCCUAUGGAUGAUAUCCCAAUCGGGUGAUGUUAGGGCUCGGACAAACGCUGCCGUUCUAAAAGACGCAUUGCUCUCAGAGCUGGCUACUGAAAUCGAGAACCUUAAACGCGAGUUGAUAGCGACAAGGCAUCGAAAUGGCAUUUAUAUGACUCCAGACGCGCAUGAAGAGUUGGUGAAGAAGAAAGAAUCCCGGCGGAUCAUCAACAAAGAGCAGAAGGAGAGGAUCGAAGUUUUGGAAUCUGUGGUCCAACAUAAGGCAGAAGAGCUGCUUGCGCUGACACGUCAGCUCCAGAAUUUCGAGUCUGACAACAAGGAAGCUCAUUCGGAGAUCAAUCGAAUGAACGAUGCUCUAAACAAGGCUCACGAUGCAUGGCAGGGGUCUGUUACAGAGGUCUCAGACGUCACCGAGAAGGUGGAAACCCGGAUGAAAAAUUUCCAAGCUCACCAGAACAGACUAUUACAGGACUUCUCGGCCAAUGUCAGUCAUUUCUUUGAAAAUGAGAUGACGGUUGUUCAGAAGAAUCGGAGUCUCCUCCACGAUGCACUUCUUACAGUCGAAAAUAUCGAGGUGAAGUUCAGAAUGCAACCAUUGAAAGGCGAGACAGAAGAAGCUUUCCACGAGCUCAAGCAAAUCAGUAACAGAGUCGGGGCGAUGUUUGACUUGACCUACAACACACUCGAUAAAGAUGUUCAGUCUACAUUUAAGUCAAUCCUCAAAAAUGUUGAGGAGCAAAAUGUUGAGACCAAUAAGCUACGGUUUCAGCUGCAGGGGGCCAAUUCUCGAUUGAUAGACAUGAACCACAAGACAUCACUUGAUGUGGCUCGACUUCUGGAGGAGGAGCGUACAGGUGCAGAAGCAGAGCGCCAAAAGUUUCUGUCCCAAAUUAGUGCACUCUAUGACCUUUCACUCCAGCAACGAUGGGACCGACUUCAAGGGAGUUAUGGUAUUAUCUGCAGUGACAUUUCACGCUCUGGGAGUCUGAUCGAAGAAAUUGCGAGGGAUAGCCGCAUUGAUGAAUGCAUCGCAAGGCAGAAGCAAUUCGAUGUAGAGCUCGUUGGUUUAAGGGGCCAGCUCGAAACUGUCCAUGAACAACACCUUUCAGUCCAACAAGCAGUAGUAUCUGCGAAUCAGGAUCUACAGCGAACUAUGGACGAUCAUGAGAAGGUCGUCGAGAGUGCUGGGAAGUUUCAGAACGACAUGUCACUGCACUCGGACACGUUGAAACAACCUAUCGCCACUUUGGAGAACGAUAUUUGCCAGCCGCUCUCACACGUGCGGGCGAGCAUCCGGGGUUGCUCGUUGCUAACGACUGCAUCUCUGAGACAACCCGACUACACUACUACCUUUCCUCGCCAUGAUGCUCUCCACUACCAUGUAUCAAGCCAUGGAAAAGGAGCCUCCACCACCCAUUCACCGGAAGCCCCAUUGACAUCUUUGGUGAACAAAAGACCUAGAGAACAGGACUUCAGUGAUAGGCCAGAGGCGACCCGUAGCGAGCAAGAACGCACUCCUUAUGGGAUAUCUGAGAAUCUGGCUGAGCCACCAUGCUUGGAAGUCACAUCUGAAGCCCGUCUCAAACGACGUCGCCUUUGA